AUGUAUCCCGAUUUGUUGAGGUGUGAGCUGAAGCUGAAAGAUUCUGAAGAGGGUGGUUUAGAGGCGUCAUCGGGUGGAAUGACGAUUGAUGCCGCUGAUAUUCCGUGGGAAUACGCCGGUGACUGUCGAUUUCACACAUGUACAGAAGCCGAGAAAUGUGUUGGAAAGAAGUCAAACGAAUUUCUCUGUAUUUAUUACGAUUUUUGUACUGGAUCACCACCACCAUAUGGAGCCAACACGAUCACAAUUGAUAGGACCGAUGGACUCCCUGUCGCUACUUACCAUUGUCCACCUGGAGUUGGCUAUAAUCGCGGAGAAAGACAUUCAUAUUGCGACCCCGAAACAAACACGUGGAGUGCUCCUGGGCUGACAUGCGCUUCAGGUAUACCGAAUGGAUGUGGGUUCCCACCUCCUCUGUCUGUCCCGCAUGGUAUCACACGUAUCUACGAGGGAGACCCUUAUAGGGCAAUCUACACUUGUCCAAGCCUCGGUGAUCAGGAGCCCGCUGACCACUGUCCAUUCACACGUUGUAUAGGAGUAGAAGAGUGGACGCCUGGCGCUAAUAUCUCCUGUUCAGCCAAGGACUGUUACACAACCACUGAAUAUGAUGGUAACGUGACAUGUACGAAAACCGGAAGAACAUGCCAACGAUGGGAUCAGCAGACACCCCACAUUCAUGCCUACUUCGAAGAUAGAAGUGACUUCCACAAUUACUGUCGGAUAACUCCUGAUAUCGGACUGCCGUGGUGCUUCACCACAGAUAUCGCAAUGAGAUGGGAGUUGUGCCCAGUUCCCAAAUGCUAGAUGCUCAGAAACUGUUGUGAAUUUGUUCAAUGACAUCUAGGCGCACCCCAUAACCAAAAGAUAAUCGAAUGCCCUGUUUUGACGGAAAUUGAAUUCAACACAUGUCCCCACCAUAGUUCAAAACAUAUUAAAAGACUUGGGAAAAUCCAAUUUUAUACCCGAGCGAGCAACUCAAACUAUGGCAAAAUGGCAAAAAAAUCGUUGCUCUCCUUAGCUCAUGGACAACACGGUGAGAUUGAAUUCUACAUUAUGUGACCGUUAUCGGAACGAGCUACGGUGACGAAAGGAGGGUCUAGUACCACCUGCUCUUGCAUUUGUUCUCUGUUUUUAUGCCAGCUAAAUGCCCGAUAGUAUAGUAUCUCUUUUGUCUUCACGGUCGAAAGUAUGCUGAAGAAGAGUUUCUGCACUAAUCUGGAUUGAAUGCCGCUGAACAUGUAGUAUAUCCGUUCCCUACAAUAGCCACAGGCUUUAACGAAAUUUGUGGUCAUUGCUACUUCGUUUAUAUGCGUUCCACAAAUGUUCAUUAGGUUUAUGGGUGACCAACUGUUUGAUGUCUUAUACAGAUUCGUUAUUUUCAUGGCACAGUCGCUUAAACUAGUGUGAUUUUUUGUGUGUAAUAAUUGAAUAGAUUUCCUUAAUAUGUA